AUGGCCACAAACAAUUUUAAAGCUGUCACCACCCUGCCACCUCAAAAUACAAAUCCUUCUUCUAUGAAAAGUUCAAAGGGAUCCGUGGAAAGAGAUACUGCUCUUGCACAGCUUAAUAACAAUAAGAAGUCUGCGUUUGUCAAGGCAUGGGAAGAGAGCGAAAAAAGCAAAGUUGAUAACAAGGCUCAAAAGAAGCUCUCUAAAGUUGCAGCAUGGGAGAACAAACAGAAAGCACAUCUUGAUGCUAAACUGAAAAAACUUGAGGUAAGAUUAGAGCAAAAGAAAGCAGAAUAUGCAGAAAAGAUGAAAAAUAAAGAAGCUUUGGUACAUAAGGAAGCAGAAGAGAAGAAAGCCACGGUUGAAGCUAAACGAGGGGAACAAAUUCUUAAAACGGAGGAGAUGGCUGCCAAAUAUCGCGCCACAGGGCAAAAUCCUAGGAAGUUACUUGGAUGUGUUGGAUGAUAAAAGCUUUUUUCCAUUAUUGUAUAUUUUCUUGCCUGCUGUUGUUUCGCGUGUUUUCUUUUACGUGUCCAGUUUUGUUGUAAUGCUUCCUAAUCUGUAUAGGAACUUAUUAAGUCUGCUUAGGAAAACAAUUCCUGUAUGUGUUUCUGGAGAAUUCAAUGUCAAUGUGUGUGA